AUGAAAGAUGCCGUUAGAGCUGGGUUCUUAUCCCGUAAAUGGAGAAAUCAAUGGAAAUACCUGGCCAAUGUAGUUUUCAAGCAAUCUACAGGAAAAGAAAUCGAAUCUCUUACCCAUUUUAUCUCCCUUCACCGGGGAAAUAAGAUAAAGAAGUUCCAUGUAGAAUUCAAGUAUAGGCCUAACAAGGAAGAUCAAGUGAAUGAAUGGAUGAGUUUUGCUAUUACGAAGGAGGUUGAAGAUCUGAAACUUGACUUUGAUAUGAAAGGGGACAAUGAUCCAUUGUACAUACUACCCCCAUUCAUUUUCAACUGUGAAUCAUUGGUUUCUUUGUCCCUCAAGGGUUGUGUGUUGGAGUUACCAGAUUCUAUCUAUCUUCCCAAUCUUCAUACUCUUUCUCUCACACGUAUGGAAAUUGGAAGUAGAAAUGGGAUGACAAUCAGAAAGAUCACUUCAAGGGCUCCACUGCUGGAACGAAUGAGCUUGGUUAACUGCAGUAGGUUCCGCAAUUUCAAUAUUGAUGCCUCUGAAAGUCCAAACUUGAAAGAGCUGGCUAUCAUAGAGACCAAGGUUGAUCUUGCUAGAUCCACUGGAAUGGAUAUCUGUGCACCAAGUGUUGAAAAAUUGGUCUUCUUAUAUGCUUCACCCAGGAGAGAAUAUCAUGUAAAGGAUGUAUCAAACUGCCUUGAGUUUACCUUUGCUCUAUCCGACCAGCCCCAUGAGUAUUUGUGGAAGGAAGUGGGAGAGGAGUUGUUGUCGUUGAGAUAUCAUGUUGUAUUACUCAAUCUUCUUCCACAUUUUCAACACGUCAGAGUUCUCAGAAUCUGCAAUUGGUGUGUUCAGAGUCUUUAUAAAGCUGAGGUCUAUGAUAAGACGAGGAGCAGGGUAUCCCUCUCUUGUACCAACCUGGAAAUAAAUACAUCAUUUCAGAGGUGGGAACUACCGGGAGUCACCUACAUGCUCAAAGCUUGCUCUGCCAUUGAGGAUCUGUGCUUUGUUAUGGCCCCAAAACAGAGUCAGAUCCCCCAACUGUUUCUGAAGCCAGAUGAUUUUGAAGAAAGAAUAUAUUGGAGAAACGAAGCGAAGUCUUUGGUGAUGGCCCACUUGCAGAACCUCAAAAUUAUGACAUUCAAAUUGCCUGGAGAGUGUUAUCACAGUUGGAAACUUUGGCCUCUGGACUUACGCACCUUCUUUAUGGGAAGAGAGAAUGGAGUUGAACUACUGGCAGCUCUUAAGCACAGCUCCAACAAUCAAUUACGCGUUGUUUUGUCCACUGAUAAACAGCAUCGACGUUUUCUUAUUAGGCAGUAA